AUGGAGCAAUCCAGCGAGACCAGGGGAGCUACCUCUCCCUCACAAGCCGGCACCGAGCCGCCCUCACCCCCCAAUCCCUCCGCCGACACAGGCGUCAUACCACCUAUUCGAUCACCGAACAGGGACGCUCCGUCGCCACCGGCCGAAGGGCAAUGGGUCGUCUCAGAUAUCGCACCCGAGACCGCGAUGAAGAUGUUCUGUCGUUCGCUUCAGGCGCUGGCCUUAGUUUCCGGAGACAUACCACCAACACCGCCGAUCAGUCGUCCGGGCACGCCUAGGAGCAGACAAGCAUGGAUAGAAGGCAGGGUUCGGAGCACGUCGAGGCCGGCAACACCAGUGCCUUCCCACGAUAUCGAGGCACCUAGUUUCAGAGAUGUCGUGGUCGGCAGUCCCGAGGCCCACAUGUCCGAGCCUUUUCCAGGAGACAUUGGAGCCGAUGCCGAGCCAGAGCGUGUCCAGCAACAGGCGAUUGCGCGGCGGUUCUUCAGCAAGAGGCCUGCCAACGUGGCCCUCAACGACUAUCUCAUCCGCCUGCAACGAUACUGUCCUAUGUCUACGGCCGUCUGGCUAGCAGCCGGUGUUUACAUCUACAAGCUUUCCGUGGUGGAGAAGCUCGUACCGAUCACGAACCGGACGCUCCAUCGGCUGGUCUUGGCGAGUCUGCGUGUGGCCAUGAAGGCGCUGGAAGAUCUGAGGUACCACCAUGAGCGCUUCGCGGGAGUAGGCGGCGUCAGCGUGCGAGAGUUGAAGGUGCUGGAAAUCAGUCUUUGUUAUCUUUUGGACUUCGAUUUGCAGGUCAACAGCGAGACGCUAUACAGCAAGAACCUCUCCCUCCAGAAGGCAGCUCAGAGAGCGGUUGCCUUCGCUGGCAAGACGCCGGCGAGCUUUCAACCGCGGCUACCGACACGGACGGCAUCGUCAGCGACAGCGACUACGUCGGCGUAA